UCGUCCGUCCGGGCCGCUCCUCUUCUCCCAACUAUUGUCUUCUUGUUUUCUUUUUCUUUUUUUCCCCCUUUACCGCUUCGGCUCUGAAAAUAAAAUUUAUCGCUCUCCUCGCGCCGUACUCGCGAGCUUUUGGAAAAAAAAAUAAUAAUAAUAAACGAUCGGUUCUUAAUAAUAAUAAAAAAAAAAAAAAUCGUUGUGAGAGCAGCAGCGAGGUUAUAUAUUGUACAAAGGCGUUGUGUUGCUUACGUGCCGUACGAUACGCGGGCAAGGGAGUCAUCCGCAGAUUACAGAAAGAGAGAGAGAAGCGGUAAUUUGCUAGACAUGGCCUCGCGAAGGAUAUUCAGGAGCAGCUUCGCCGUGGCGCGUGGACUCCUGGAGAAGCAGGCGGUCAGAAGUGAUGGUGUUGUUGCCCAGUCUGCGUAUGCCAAACAGCUCCGAACAAGCACGCGUAACGUGUACUCAAUGGCGCAGACCAGCGGUGUGGUGACGACGAGGGACGAAAGCCGAGAAAUGAUGGCCAUCUGGCCGGAUGUCGUCAGGGAUCUUACCGAUGCUGGACGACACCUCGACGUGCCUGACGCUACCAAGUGGCUAGCCAAAGUACUGCAAUACAACGUGCCAAGUGGGAAGAAGAACCGAGGCCUGUCGCUGGUUUACGCGUACAGGAAACUCGCCCCCUUGGACCAACUUACGGACGAAAAUAUCCGGCUAUCACGAAUACUCGGCUGGUCCGUUGAAAUGCUCCAAGCCCACUUCCUGGUGAUGGACGACUUAAUGGACAAUUCGCAGACACGUAGAGGUCAGCCGUGCUGGUAUCGCCAGAACGACUUGGGUGCUGCUGCCAUAAACGAUGGCAUCCUGCUUGAGCACGCGGCUUACCAGCUGCUCCGCAUCCACUUCAGUGACAAACCCUGUUAUCUCGACCUCGUCGAGUCUCUCCAGCAGAAUGCUAUGAAAACAUCGUUUGGUCAGGCGCUGGAUCUGCUGGCCACGAACUUUGGCAAAAAACCUAACUUGAAUCUAUUCACCAUGGACAAGUACAAUUCGAUCGUCAAGUACAAAACGGCCUUCUACUCGUUUGUCCUGCCAGUCCAGCUUGCCAUGUAUUUUGCUGGCAUCAAGGAUCCGGAGAUGCACAGGCAAGCGAAAACGAUUCUGCUGGAGAUGGGACAUUUUUUUCAAGUCCAGGACGACUACCUUGACUGUUUCGGGGAUCCAGAGGUCACUGGCAAACACGGGACUGACAUUCAGGAAGGCAAAUGCUCGUGGCUCGUCGUAGUAGCCCUUCAGCGUGCCUCACCCGAACAGAGGAGGGUUUUAGAGGAAUGCUACGGGGUUAAUGAUCUGGAAAAAGUGGCCAAAGUAAAGCGUUUGUACACGGACUUGGGACUACCGCUGACAUUCUCGAUUUACGAGGAGGAAACGUACAAUCUGUUGAACACUCACAUCCAACAGAUUUCUCGAGGUCUUCCCCACGACUUGUUUUUCAAAUUUAUUGAAAAAAUAUAUCGCAGAGACUCUUAAAAGCAAUAACUACAAAUUAAAAAAAAAUUUGUUUACUUAUGAAUCAAUGAAAAGUUGAGAUAUGUAUCUAUGUUAACAAUAUUAUAUGUACAGCUGUUUAAUUUUUGGACCGUGAUUCAUUGUAAAUUAUAGAAUUUUAUAUUUUGUAUUUCUAUGUAUACAUAAACAUUGAACUAAUAUUUAAGUUUCAAGUCAAUUAGGCUGUAACAUAUAUAAUUUGAUUGUUUUUUUACUAUUUGCAUCUUUACGAAUCCUGUAAA